AGCCGUCAUGGAGAUGGGGUGGCUGCUAUGGGGCACGGCCGUGCUGCUGCUGCUCCACGUCCUCAUGGAGCUCAGCCCCACCGUCAACUUCGCGCUGCGCAUCGGCUUCUACUGCGUGCUGUGCCUGGUGGCCUCGGCGCUGGCGGCCGUAGCCUGCCUGCUGAUCAACGGCGGCCGCACCGUCAAGAACAUGAGAAUCAUCAAAGCUGUUGUCAAGACCUUCAAGUAUUUAUUCGGCUUGAGGUUUGAGGUGAAGGGACUGGAGAACUUCAAGGUGGAGGGCCCUGCUGUCAUUUUGUCCAACCAUCAGAGCAUCCUCGACAUGAUGGGGCUGAUGGAGGUCCUGCCCGACAACUGUGUCCAGGUGGGCAAGAAGGAGCUGAUGUACAUGGGCAGCGCGGGGCUCAUCAUGUACCUGGGUGGAGUCAUCUUCAUCAACAGGAAGAGCACCAACAGUGCCAAGAUGGUCAUGUCAGAGGUGGCCAAGACUAUGGUGGCUGAGAAUGUGAAGGUGUGGGUAUAUCCAGAGGGCACGAGGAACUGCACUGGGGAUUUGCUGCCAUUCAAGAAAGGAGCAUUUCACCUCGCUGUCCAGGCACAGGUCCCAGUGAUCCCUGUGGUGUAUUCCUCCUUCACCAGCUUCUAUAACCCAAAGACAAAACUGUUUACAUCAGGCAAAAUCAAGGUCGAGGUUCUGCCUCCAAUAGAGACCAAAGGGCUGACGUCAGACGAUGUCACCGAGCUCUCUGACAGAUGCUUCAGCACCAUGAGGGAGACCCUCUUCAGGCUGUCAGGCCACCCAGGCCAGGCAAAGGACUCAUCCUAGAGCCUUCUCCAGUGGUGUCACCGUGUGGUGGUGGCUGAAGGGACCUACCUGUCUGUUCUUGCCAAAUACUGAAAGAUCUUCUCCUCCUCUGCAGUGAUUUCUAACUCUUGGGAGCACCACAGACUGGCACACACAGGGUGUCAAGCCAGCACUAAGGUUCCCCUCUGAGUGGAUUUCUCUUAUGGGUUCAUUUUCUCACUUUGCAAUAUCUCCUUUUUUCUGAAUUUCUCAGGCAUCAAACUUGUGCUACCAAAGGGCUCAAUGACUAGAGAGGUGAGUUCCCCCAGCUCUUGCAGCUAGCUUGGGGUGACAGCAAAAAAACCUGCCUGGAGCCUGAGCUCUGCCUCGUGUGACUGUCCCUGCAGCUGUGUUCCUGCAGGCUCAGCUCCUGAGGUGGCCCUGUGAUGUCCCAGGUGGAACCCACCAUGCAGCAGUUUGUAUCAGCACAACCUUGAUGCUCAAACAGGGCUGAGAACUGGGGUGAAAAUCCAGAUUUUGGCUUUUCAGCAGUGCUAGGAGUGUGGUGUCCUGCCUGGACAGCCCAGAGCACUCCCACUCACCAGUGGGACACACAGGCCUGUCCCCUUGAGGUGCCCUUGUGUCACAGCAGCAUCACGUUGGGAAACUGCUGCCAGCUCCCCGCCGUGGCGGUGGCUCAGCCUGGUCGCAUCCCUGCAAUGCCCCUUCUGGAGGCAAAGGGCUCUGUCGCGCUCGGUUUGUCACUUGUCAUGGUCAGCGCUGGCCGAAAGAUGGUGCCUGUCCCGCGUCUCUGCUGCUCUGCG